AUGCAAAUCGGGCUGGAUGAGAUCAGCCGGGAGCAACUGGCUGUGCAACUUCGGAGCAGGACUCUUUUUCCCUCGCCAGUUGCAAAGCGGCUCGGCUCCGGCUCGCGCUUUUGCGCACGGCAGACGCGCCUUCUCUCUGCGCCCUGGUUCCCGGCUGGAUUAUUCCUCUUACCGAGUGAGCUCCGGAGCUGGAAUUUCUAUCUUUCUGUCUUGGCGGAGUUAAUUCUCUCUUUUCUUUCCGCCGCAUUUUACCCUGUUCUGUAACUAGGUGGAUUUAAGCACUGUUUGAGUUUGAAGAGGAGAACCCAGAAAAGGUAACCCCCCCACCUCUCCACUCCCGUGCGCCUUUUCCUUUUCCUUCCUUUUGUAACCUUGAGCCAGCGUUGAAAGUGAGACGAACCCGGGCGAGGCAGGAGGAGUCCAUAAAGCAAUGAAAACAAACUGGGGCUUCUUCCCAGUUCCUGGUCUGGGCUUGGCUUCAAGCCAUUAUCACCUGCCGCCUGCUUGCUUUGUAUACAUACGUGUCAAGAGAAGUGGAUUCGGGGCGUAGCGGGGUGUCCUCUGGACUCUUGAGCUUAGGCUGCGUUGGGGCUCCCCAUCUCUUAGCAACAGAAGCUCCUCGGCGUCCGGUUUAACCCUUGGAACGUGCGAAGAAGAGAGUGUCCCUGAUCGUGGGCAGAGUGCCUUUCCCUCACCGUUAAGGGCUGCGACAGACAUCGCGAAUGGGCUGCGCUUUUGUGUGGCAAUUAGCAUGCAACCCAACUCGUCCUACCCGCAAUUGUGUGCACCGCUGAAUGCGCAGUGACUCGCACAUGUAUAAUACGUUCCCCCGCUUUCAGUUGUACACUGCUCUUGAGCUCUUUCGGAAAAGAGUCGGCAGUGUGGUGUAGUGGUUAGAGUGUGGGACUGGGCUCUGGGCUGCACCUGUUCAUGUCGUUGGGGGAUUUGCACAAAGAGAGCCGGUGUGUUGGAGUGGUUAGAGUGUUGGUCUUGGACUUGGGGAACCAGGGUUUGAGUCCACCUACCUCACAGGGUUGUUGUACGGAUGACAUGGAGAGAGGAGAACCAUGUUCGCAGCCUUGAAGAAAAGGUGGGAGAGAAAUGUAGUAAUACAUACUGAAAUCGCUGCUGGCAUUAGUGUACAGAUAUAUACAGUGGUACCUCGGGUUAAGUACUUCAUUCGUUCCGGAGGUCUGUACUUAACCUGAAACUGUUCUUAACCUUUAGCUAAUGGGGCCUCCUGCUGCCACCGUGCCGCUGGAGCACAAUUUCUGUUCUCAUCCUGAAGCAAAGUUCUUAACCUGAAGCACUAUUUCUGGGUUAGUGGAGUCUGUAACCUGAAGCGUAUGUAACCUGAAGCGUAUGUAACCCAAGGUACCACUGUAUUUACAUCUAACCACAGAUGAUUCAGAGAUUGCACGCUAGUUUGUGGAUGUGACUGCUUUCUGUAUGGAAGGGUUUAUUAUUAUUAUUAUUAUUACCUGUGAAACAUCCCAAGGCAACCCCAGCUAGCUUCUCUUCCCCCUGCCCCCCCCCCCGGUUUUCUGGGAUUAGGGGGAAAUAGGUUUCCAAACACCCCCUGCCCAGUACCCUUUAUCUGAGACGUGGUGUCAUUUCUGAUCUGUGUUUCCCACAAUGUGCAUCUUGUAAAAACCGAGAUCAGAUUCCACCCUUUGAUUGAUUUCCCUCUUCCCCACCCCUUUCAUCUGGCUUUUCUGACCAAGAGGCUUUACGGCCAGGGGCCUGAAACUCCAGCAUGUGCAAAGUUGCCCUUCAUUUCCCAUUUUUCAGCCGUGACGCCAGCUGCUUUUCGAAAGGCAGGUGGGUUUUGAGAUUUCCUUCUGCUUGCCGAUGGAUGAACAGCUCUUAACCUUUCCCUCUGGUUCCAAGCAGGGGAAAAGAAGUGGCUCUCUUUAGGUUUGGGCGUCCGAGAAAUGCCAGGAUUCUAACAGCAACAAAUAAUUCCUUGGCGUUUUAAUACAGCAACCGUGGACUUGAGUUUAGAAAUCAAGACUGUUACUAUAAUGCACCAGGGCUGCAAUGCUAGAGAUUUAUUAUGGUGAUUAUUCAGGGAGAGCGCUCUUGAGAAGAGCACUGUGCAUAGAGACAAGCAUUAUUAUUUUUAUUAACAGGGUUGGGGUUCGUCACAACAAGGCAGAUUUCUGAUGUUUUUAAACCACCUUGUCCUGUAAUCACCAUGUUUAAUGCGGCAGCAGCAGUAGCCAGAAGCCCCACAUGGUUCACAAGGGGGUUCAAACCGCCAGUGGGGAUAUUGGCUUGUAUCCAACGUUUGUCAUACUCAGUGUUCGAAAUUUGCCAGGCACGUUUUGCAAGUGGCACGGGUCCAAUUGCAACUGCAUGGAGAUUUGUGGAUACCAGGCUGGCGAUGGGCAUCUCCAUCUGGCUGGCCCCUCCAGUUUUCUUAAGCAGGCAAGCAGAGUAGCUUAGUUUAUAUUCCACCUUUUCCUCCAAGGAGCACAUGAUUCAAACCCCACCCCCAAUCUUGGUUAAUCCCUACAACAACCCCUUGAGGUAGGUUAAGAGGCUGUGAGCGGACCAAGGUCACCCACUGAGGUCACCCUCCUGGGUCCUAGUUUGACACUCUCUUCUUCUUUCUUUGGCGAUCACUCGUAGCCGAGUAAGAUUGUCUUCCAUAAACACGGUUUUAGUAGUAAGUCCGUAAGUGACUGUGGAGGCCAAUUCUGGAUCCACACGUCCUUCCACAGUGGGGACAUUGGUUUCCGGCGGGAGUUCAUCACGGUGUGGAUUUGCCAAGCAUGCCUUCCUCUUAGCACGUUUUUCCCUUGCGUUCUGAGUUCGAGUGUCUUCAAAGCCCAUGACACUUUUGGUAAAGGCUGUUCUCCAACUGGAGCGCUCGCAGGCCAGUGUUUCCCAGUUGUCAGUGUUUAUACUACAUUUUUUAAGAUGUGCCUUGAGACAGUCUUUAAACCUCUUUUGUUGACAACCAAUAUUACGCUUUCCAUUUUUAAGUUCGGAAUACAGUGGUACCUCAGGUUAAGUACUUAAUUCGUUCCGGAGGUCCGUUCUUAACCUGAAACUGUUCUUAACCUGAAGCACCACUUUAGCUAAUGGGGCCUCCUGCUGCUGCCGCUGCACAAUUUCUGUUUUAAUCCUGAAGCAAAGUUCUUAACCCGAGGUACUAUUUCUGGGUUAGCAGAGUGACGCGUCUGUAACCUGAAGCGUAUGUAACCCGAGGUACCGCUGUAGUUGCUUUGGAAGACGAUAAUCAGGCAUCCGCACAACAUGACCAGUCCAACGAAGUUGAUGCUGAAGAAUGUUUGCUUCGAAACUGGUGAUCUUUGCUUCUUCCAGUACACUGGCAUUAGUUCACCUGUCUUAGGUCACCCUCCCAGGUCCUAGUUUGACACUUUCACCACUACACGACACUGGCUUCCUAGAGUAUUUCCAUUAUGGGCAACUAUAUAAAUUAAGCAGGUAAAUAAAUAUGGGGAAAGGAAAACGUCACUUAGAGAAGGAUCUGAAAUAUUUCCUUUGAAGCUUGAAUUUGUGUUAUUCUGGGUGGUUUCAUUUGAUGUUUUUAAUGUGUUGUAAACUGCUUUGAGAUUUUUUCUUUAAAAUAUAAAGCGCUAUAGAAAUAAAAUGAAUGCUAAUACUGGCAAUUUCAUUCAGAAAGAAGAUGGUGCGUAGACAUUCUCUGGUGGCGACCCUAACCGUGGUUUAAGGUGCCAUUUGGCGAUUAGCAUAAAUCUGAAGAUCUAACACUGGCAGGGAAGUAACAUGAAUAACAUGAAUAGUGAAGAGCAACUUUGGGUGCAUUCAUUUCAGGGUAAAACUUAGUUAUGUCUGUGUGUGCAGAAGCAGAGAGCGGUCAUUCUUUGAGAUGGAUUAAUUCGGGGUAAAAGGGGACAUGAGCGUGUUGCAAACAGUAUUUAAUUAGCCAAAGGACAAGAAUCUCAGAGAAGGAUUGGGGAUCCAUGGCAGAGUGCUUUCUUGGCUCAUGGUUGCGGGUUCAAUUCCUAACACUUCUGGUAGGACUGGGGAGAUCCUGGGGAGCUUCCACUGCCAGUCAGAGUAGACUCAAUAGAAGCUUUCCUUGCUGGAUCAGGCUCUGGCCCCCAAUGGUUCUCGCAGUGGACAGUUGGAUGCCUUUGGGAAAGAACGCAACAUAGGACAAGGAGGCAGCAGCACUGCCACAAGUGCGCAAGUUCCCUCCGGCCAUCUGCAUCCAGCGUUCGGGCUGGUGGAGGCUUUUCCAGGAGGGCAAACGGGUCGCUGUCCCACCAACCUCAAGUCCUCUUUAAGUCUCCGUCACCUACAUCCAGGGGGGUGAAUGAAACUGCCUGCCAGCUUCUUCCUCCCUCUGGUCCUCAGCAGGGAGGAGGAUUGGGGCAAAGCCAGGAUUCCUUGGAUGCCGUUGGCUGCAGCUGCACAUCCUGUGUGGGCUCCCAGCAUCCCACCUUACCUGUCUGAAUGGCACCAGCCAGUGAGGGCCGUGGCUUACACAGCCAAAACAACACCACCCAAGCGCAAAGGGGGUGUCAGUUGGAGACCCGGGGGAACCCUGAGGUUUGUAGAAGUACAAUAAAUCUUUAUUUUGAACGGGGGAAGGGGGUGGAAACAACCCAAUGCAUACUAAGUGUGAUGUUGCUGGUUGUUUUGUGGUGGUUUUCCAUAUAUCUCUAUCUCUAUCUCUAUCUCUAUCUCUAUCUCUAUCUCUAUCUCUAUCUCUAUCUCUAUCUCUAUCUCUAUACAGUGGUACCUUGGGUUAAGUACUUAAUUCGUUCUGGAGGUCCGUCUUAACCUGAAACUGUUCUUAACCUGAAGCACCACUUUAGCUAAUGGGGCCUUCUGCUGCUGCCAUGCCGCCGGAGCCCGAUUUCUGUUCUCAUCCUGAAGCAAAGUUCUUAACCUGAAGCACUAUUUCAGGGUUAGCGGAGUCUGUAACCUGAAGAGUAUGUAACCUGAGGUACCACUAUAUCUACCGGUAUAUCUAUAUCUGGACUGCCCUUCCCCAGAGGUGGUCACCAGGCAGUCCAUCAUCAUCAUCAUCAUCAUCAAUAAAAUAAAUAAACAAAACUUUUAUCAUUUAUACUCUACCCAUCUGGCUGGGUUUCCCCAGCCACUCUGAUUGGAGAAUACAGUGGUAUCUCGGGUUACAAACACCUCACGUGACAAACACUUUGGGUUACAGACUCCACUAACCCAGAAAUAGUACCUCGGGUUAAGAACUUUACCUCAGGAUGAGAACAGAAAUCGCAUGGCAGCAGCAAGAGGCCCCAUUAGCUAAAGUGGUACCUUAGGUUAAGAACAGUUUCAGGUUAAGAACGGAUCUCUGGAACGAAUUAAGUUCUUAACCCAAGGUACCACUGUAUAUCAUAAAACAGAAAGCUUAAAAUAAUUCUCAUGAGGUACAUAAUUAACAACAUCCCAGAAAUGACUUUAACCCAUCAGCUUCUUAAAAAACCAGUGGAAAAGGUGUGUGUGUGUUUGUGAGAUGGUGUGUUUUUAACCUAGUGUAUUUUCUUGUUCCUCUGAGCUUUUGGCCCUUAAUUUGGAGAGUAGCACUCUGACUUCUUUUCAUGGGAUGGGAUCUGUAGUCCUGGCUGCUUCUUCUUCUUCUUCUUCUUGUUAACUUUGUUUUCAGGCUUCUAUUUGAAUUGUUGUGUUUUUAGGUUUCAUUGUUGCUUUUUAUCUUAUUUUGGUGCAAGUUGCUUUGAGUUGCCUUCUAAGAAGGGGACAAACAAACAAAAUAAGUAAAUAAAUAGUAGAAUCUAAAGUUAGGGCAAGACACCCUUCAGUUUGGAGAUCAUUCCGCAGACAAGGCCUCAGGCUCAAAUUCCCACUAAGCUAGGAGGUUCACUGAGAGGCCAUGAAUCAGUCAGUCUGUCUCUAGAUAGCCUACCCCACAGGCUUAUUGGGAGGAUAAAAGUGGUUGAAGCAAAGCACCUUGUGUUUUGCCCUGAACUCCUUCCAAGAAAGGCAGAAUAUAAUAAUAUUCAUAAUCACCAUCUUCUAUAUAUUUUGGAAAGUUGCCUGUUUGCUAUUUGUAGGGACGUCUCUUUUAAAAACAUCUUAACCACGUUUUGCACGAUGGCUCCUGAGAACGAGGAGUGGGUUUGCUUCUGUGCUUGGAUACGGUUGGGCACCAUUUUGAAUCAAGAUGGCGGACGGAAGCUUUCCGAACCCUGGGUUUUUUGGUUUAUUAGAAUUCCCAGAUAACUCUGGGUUCGAGGAUGCUGGGAAUAAAUAAACGGGACGGGGAAGAAAAUGUUGCAGUGUCGUGUGCUUCCUGUUCAGGGUUCCGGCUAACCGCAAGUGCCCAUUUCCAGGACACUCCAUUUAUCUCCAUUUCCUGGAUCUUGUCCAGCAGCCACUCAGCAUUCUGUGUCCACUGAGCAUGCUCAGUUUGCAUUGGGCUGUUUUGGGGGCCUCCUUGCCUUUUAUUCCUUCUCCCCCCAACUUCCUGUAGAUUUCUGUGUACUUUUGCAAAUCUAGGGACUUCAGCAAGCUUGCUCUUGUGCCUAGGAUAGAGCUGUUUUUGGCUACAUAAGGACCAGCCCUUGGAGAGUGAGCUCGCUAUUAGCGAUAAUCCUCCCAGCUCUUGUUUCGUGAUCGCACCAGCGGUGGAGCCUUCAGUUCUGGUUUCUGCUUAGGGAGAUUUGCAGAUAAGUAGCUGAGGCUGCAAUUUGUCGAAGGCCGCACGCUACAUGUGUAAACGAACAAGGCGAAAUGGCAUUAGCGAUGCUCUCUGACCGCCUGACUCUCACAUGCACACUCAUUAGUAGAGAGAUGCGGCCGAUACCAGUUCCCUGACAAUUGCACCUGUAAAUACUCGUCUGCAAACAUUUUUUUGGUCUACCCACACAUUAAAUUCUCAUAUGUCCAGUCAAAAAAGGCUCCCAGAGCAACAAAGAAGACAGUCUAUGCCCUCAGAAUCUAAAAGGCACGACACAAAAGGAAAUGGGGAUGGGGAGGGAAAAGGAAAACAAGCAAACACAACCACCAGUUAAGCUAGUACAGUGGUACCUUGGGUUACAUACACUUCAGGUUACAGACUCCGUUAACCCAGAAAUAGUACCUCAGGUUAAGAACUUUGCUUCAGGAUGAGAACAGAAAUCGUGCUCCGGCAGCGCGGUGGCAGCAGGAGGUCCCAUUAGCUAAAGUUGGUGCUUCAGGUUAAGAACAGUUUCAGGUUAAGAAUGGACCUCCGGAAUGAAUUAAGUACUUAACCCGAGGUACCACUGUAAUUAUAAUUGAUCUGCUGGAGCGGAGGAGAUGUUGGCGCUUGUCUCUCAGCAAAAACAGUGGAACAGCCGCCGCUUUCUGUAUCUCCCUUUGCUGCAGCCUUUGUUCCUUUUUGAUUCACUGUCAGUAUUGUUAUUGUUUGUUAUUUAAUCAAAGUGAAAAGUCCCCUGCCCCAAGGAGUUUACAAUCUGCGUCUGGACCAUGGGGAGAUUGGGAACAUGAAAGGAGGGGGAAAUUGCCUAAGAAGAAAGGUAGAGGACAAGGCAACAAGUUGAUUUCCAACAUUCCUGGGUGUUUUGCUCCUUGCUGCACCAUUAUGGGGUAUCUCUCUCGGUAACUGUAAUAUUCAAUAGUUAACUAAGCCGACAUGUUAAUAAAGGCAACAUAUCAUUGAUGGAGCAUUCCACACAUUCAGGCGCCUCUGCCAAUAAUCACUCCUUGCGGGAUGCUGUGGCUGAAUCAGCAGUCUCUUAGAUGGAAACCUGUAGGGAGCUGAGGUGAAGUUGUCUGGGGCAGGGUAAAAUGAUGAACACGGCAAAAGGACAUUAAGAGCGUUCUCUGACAACCCAAUAUUCUCAUGUCCGUCGGGGCACAUUAAUCAACCCUUAGCGCAAGCUUAUCCCCCGUCGGUCUGUGGUUGCUUCAGGAAGGAUUCAGGUUUGAACACAAGCAGUUCUGUGCUGCUGCAGUUUUUCUGCUGCAGAACUGAGACUCUUUAAGUGGCUUGCCAUGCAAGUUUCUAGUCCUUAACAUGGUUAAGAAGACAAGCUUGGGAGUGGGGCCCAGAGGGAAGGCAGGCAGUAGGAUGGCUUCGGUAUGCGCCUCUCCAUGAUCUGGAAGAGCAAAAUAAGCAACUUGAUCCUGUGUUUUUGAGCUCAGUAGAUUUAUGUUUCUAGAUAAGUGAGCGUAGGUUGGCCUAAUCAAGAAUCUUCGCGAUAUAAAAGAGCAAGCAGCAAGCCUUUACAAAGAAAGAAAGAAAGCUGUACUGUAUUUGUAGGAGACCAGAAUGCCCCUAUAGUAACUUCCCACGAAUGGUGGCAGUUACCACAUUAACUCUGGAGUCCUAUACAUCUCAAUGCAGAACUACAGUCGUACCUUGGAAGUCGAACACCCUAGUUCUCGAAUGUUUUGGCUCCCGAAUGAUUGAAACCCGGAAGUGACUUCCAGUUUUCGAACGUUCUUUUGGAAUCGGAAUGCCCUACAGGUCUUCCGCGGCUUCCAAUUAGCUGCAGGAGCUUCCUUCAGCCAAUCAGAAGCCGCGCUUUGGUUUUGGAAGUCGAACGGACUUCCGGAACAGAUCGACUUCCAAGGUACGACCAUAUUUGUUUGCUUAUUAGCAUUUCUAAACCACUUAGUACUGAAAAGAUCUCUGAGUGGCACAGCGUGGGUAGCGCUGUGGGUUAAACCACAGAGCCUAGGGCUUGCUGAUCAGAAGGUUGGCAGUUCGAAUCCCCGCGACAGAGUGAGCUCCCAUUGCUCGCUCCCUGCUCCUGCCAACCUAGCAGUUUGAAAGCACGUCAAGGUGCAAGUAGAUCAAUAGGUACCGCUCCGGCGGGAAGGUAAACGGCAUUUCCGUGUGCUGCUCUGGUUCGCCAGAAGCAGCUUAGUCAUGCUGGCCACAUGACCUGGAAGCUGUACGCCGGCUCCCUCGGCCAAUAAAGCGAGAUGAGCGCCGCAGCCCCAGAGUCGGCCAUGACUGGACCUAAUGGUCAGGGGUCCCUUUACCUUUACCUUUAAGCGGCACAGAGAAACCCAACAUAAAUGCAAUAGGUGGGGGGCCACUAGGGGGCGCAUUGGAAGAUGGCCGACAAUACCAUCUCUCCGACCCACACGGGGUAAUUAAGAGGCUGUUAUGGGAGUAGGCAGCCUCCCUUGUUGCCCCAAGGAAAUGGGGAACACUGCCCUUGCCUGCUGUGCCCAUAAAUCACCCUCUAAUUUGAAAGAAGGGGGUGAGGGCCCUAGGCAGAAUGCCCCCGUGUGGACCUCGGCUCUCCUGGACGCUGUCUCUGAUCGCGCACUAGUUGCAGCAAUUUGGAAUAAUUAAUUACAGAAGAAGCAAAUGCACAUAUUUCAAGUGAAGAAGGGGAGUGAAGUCUGUUAAUUUAAGUGACCUCUGCGAAAGAAGACGACGGGCUGGAGAAACAGGAAUAUUUUACGAUGAAGAUACACCAAAGGCGGGGUAUGUUGACAACGGGGCUGAAUGAGGGGGGAAAACCUUUUUUACUUUCCUUCUAUGUGAUUUACAAGAACCCCUCCUCAUUAGAAUCGUCGGUUGAACUGACCCAAGCAGGAUGAUUAAGGUCUGUGUGGAGAUAAACUUUAACCAAAAGUAUGCUUUAUGGAGACUGAGAAGCAAUAAGAGCUUUUGGGAAUGGUGCAGCAAUUAAUUCAGAGUCGCCAUCUUGCCAAAGGAUUUAUAGCCGGGAGGAAGAACGGAUUUGUUUUCAGACAGCAUUCCUAGUGAAUCUCCUCAGAGGUUUUGAGAAAGGAGGCAGAUUGGUGAAGAUUAAUGACGCUAAGACUGUUUUGAUGUAUGGAAGUGAUGUUAUAUGGAAAACAUCUGGAUAUGGCUACUGGAUAAAAAAAAUAAUAUCCACGCAGGAUUACAAACUGUUCUAACCAGCUUGCGGAGACUAUCAGAGGUCACAAAGAGAAAGGAAAAAUAUAUGAAAAUAACAACAAGAGAUGUGGAAAAAUAAUAAGAAAGGACUGGAUAGUACUGUGAACAUCAUAAGGUUAGAUUUGUGGACAUUAAAACAGCAGUAAGAAGCAAGAAGUUGAUUGGAUCCCUUCGGAACUUGAAAUAUGGGUACCCCCAACAAAAAUUUAAAAUUCGGCUGUGUAAUUUGGAAUUUAUGUAAUUUGGUUUGAUUUGAUGUGAUUGGUUGAUUAAUAAAAAUUAUUCAUAAAUGCAAUGGGUGGCAUCUAGCUAACUUGUCGUCCCACCAACGCAAGGAUUUUCACUUGUGUAACGGAACUCCCCCCCUACUUUCCUCCGUGUGCACAUCCUGUGCCCUCCCCUGCUCCAGAGGGUGGGUGAGCCCCAGAACAGAUUUGGGGAGAAGGUUGAGGAGCUCUGUUGCAAAGGCAGAAGUCCUUGUGCUAAUGGAAUGUGCUACUUGGAAACCACCCAAUAAAUCAGUAUAAUAAAAACAAGAGAUAACAAACGUAAAAGGAGGAAAGCAGCAUCCUGAAAAAGAGAUUUAAAAAAAACCAUUCAGUAAUAGUCAGCGAAAGCCUGGGCAGAACAAGAUGUCUGUACAAGAUGUUUGGAAACAACUGAUGGAUGUUGCUUCUCAUAUGGCCCAAGGGUGAUGGUGGAAAAUGCCCAUUUUCGGGUUGCUGCUCUGUGAACUAUUUGAGUUCAGUGGGAAUUACUCUGAGCUAAAUGGGAAUAGGGUUGCAGUCUAAAUAGCUUUUAAAGAAUGCACCUGUGAAGGAUCACAAAAAUCCAUCCUCCAUGUUCUGAGAUGGUCUACCUCUGGCCACCAGAUGUUAAGGAUUUUUUUUUUUAAGGAAUGGGAAGUAUAUCCUCAUGGUGCCCUGCGUGUGACCUUCCAUCUGGCUGGCCACUGUCAGCUGAUAAAACAUUUGAGAUUAGUGGACUCUUGGCUUGACCUAGCACGGCAAUCCUCAUGUUCUUGGGGAGGAAACUGAGGCUCAGUGUAUUUUGAGAAGGCUUUGGCCUGAGGACAGAAUGCUGGUUAUUAUAUUACCCUGGACACAAUCAUCAGCUGAACACAGUCACUCCCUGCCCCAAUAAAGCUCAGGCCAUCUGCAAAGUACAGUGGUACCUCAGGUUAAGAACUUAAUUCAUUCCGGAGGUCCAUUCUUAACCUGAAACUGUUCUUAACCUGAAGCACCACUUUAGCUAAUGGGGCCUCCCGCUGCUGCCGUGCUGCUGGAGCACGAUUUCUGUUCUCAUCCUGAAGCAAAGUUCUUAACCCAAGUUACUAUUUCUGGUUUAGCGGAGUCUGUAACCUGAAGCGUCUGUAACCUGAAGCGUCUGUAACCCGAGGUACCACUGUACAUAUGGAAAGUCGUAGGCUCAAAGCCUCACAUCUUAGGCUAGCAGGUGAUGGGAAAGACCUUUCUCUGUCAGAGACCAUUGGAGAGCAGCUGCCAGUCAAGAGUGGACAGUGCCAGGCAAAAGUAGCUUCCUGGAUAGCGUUGCUGCUUUGGCAGGUGUGCUGGCCUGUUAUCUGUCUUUUCUUAGAUUUGCUAAGGCAGUUCAUAGUUCCAUGCUGGGCUGGGGAAUUUGUCUAUAGCUGUCAACUUUCAGUUUUGAAAAUAAGGGAUCAGCAGCCUCACCUGUCCCGGGGACAGUCUACGGAAUAUCUAACAAUCCGGGAUAGCAGUGGGAAGCGGCAGGAAACGGCGCUGGAAUAAGGGAAUUUCCCACAAAAAAAGGGAAGGUUGACAGCUAUGAAUUUGUAGCCCUCCGGGUGUUGCUGCCAAACACGACUCCCAUCAUCCCUGACCAGUUGUGGUACCACGUUAUCAGCUGGGGUGGUUGCUGUGCCCUGAAGAGUAAUGUGGAAGAGUAAAGGCAGCUUUCCCCUCCUUUUCUCAUAACCCCUGCAUGACCACCUUCGCUUGCUGAGAUUCUUUCUUUUGCAAUUAAGUUAAAUACCCAGGGGCUGCUGUGCCUUCCUUCGCAACUCCUCACGCCAUGUGGCAUUCUUUUCAUUACUACAGCUGUUGUGCUGUGCGUGGGUUGGGUUUUGUCACAUGCUGUGGGUUUGGUCUGCAAGGGAUAUUGCUGGGUUGUUUCGUUGGGCCAUUUUUAAGAAAGAGAUGGGACUUGUUUGGCGUCUUGGGAAAUCACGGGUUGCAUCCAGUUCUGCCGUUUGUCUCCUUCGGCGUAUUCGGAGAGGUGGACUGCGUCUGGAUAUGGAAAAAGAAAGACAUUGGUCAACUGAUGGCUAGAUAGAACCUCCAGUUUCAGAGUAAAUCUACUUCUGAAUAUGCCAAAGUAGACUUUGCAACAGAAAAGGGCUUGAUGAAUCUCACCCUCUCUCCAAGCAACGCUUGAUUUUCAGCAAAAGGCCCCAGAAUUCUCUCUUCUCCCACCCACCCCAUCUCAUUUUUAUUAUCAGAGGACAUUUAUUUUGGCAUAAGUGGGUGGUAUUCCAUGCUAGUCCUACUCAGAGUAGACCUACUGAAGUUACUAAAGGUAAAGGUAUAGGUACCCCUGACCAUUAGGUCCAGUCGUGGCCGACUCUGGGGUUGCGGCGCUCAUCUCGCUUUACAGGCCGAGGGAGCCGGAGUACAGCUUCCGGGUCACGUGGCCAGCAUGACUAAACCGCUUCUGGCGAACCAGAGCAGCGCACGGAAACGCCGUUUACCUUCCUGCCGGAGCGGUACCUAUUUAUCUACUUGCACUUUGACGUGCUUUCAAACUGUUAGGUUGGCAGGAGCAGGGACCGAGCAACGGGAGCUCACCCCGUCACGGGGAUUCGAACCGCCGACCUUCUGAUUGGCAAGUCCUAGGCUCUGUGUUUUAACCCACAGCGCCACCCGCGUCCCUUACUGAAGUUAUUAGAUAUGCCUAAAACAUCUUCCUUAGUUUCAGUGAGUCUUCCCUGAGUAGCUGGAGGCAAUGUCAUGGGAAUACACCAUGAGUGAACAUACUUCUCUCUUUUCACUCUUUGGCCGGGGUCCUGUGCCCUUAAGGACUGUGUAGCGGGCAGAAAUUCAGGUGCAGCUUCCCCCACUGCUGCAUGCUCGUGCAAGGAACUACUGCACCUGUUGAAUGUUGGCCUGAUGCCUGCAGAAAAAGGCCACCUUACUCACAUUGUGUCUUGUCUCACAAUCUUACGUGAUGGAAGUAAAAUUUAGUAAGGGACCGGAAAGUAUUUUUGCUUAGUAAAAAUGCUGUGGAGAGGCGCUGUAGAAAAAUGAUACUCAUGGGCUCAACAAGCAAGUACAGUGGUACCUUGGGUUAAGAACUUAAUUCGUUCCGGAGGUCCGUUCUUAACCUGAAACUGUUCUUAACCUGAAGCACCACUUUAGCUAAUGGGGCCUCCUGCUGUGGCCGCACCGCCCGAACCCGAUUUCUGGUCUCAUCCUGAAGCGAAGUUCUUUACCUGAGGUAAUAUUUCUGGGUUAGCGGAGUCUGUAACCUGAAGCGUAUGUAACCUGAAGCGUAUGUAACCUGAGGUACCACUGUAGUUGAUUUGUUUAGUGUGCCUGGCCCCAAAACUUCCGGUUACUGUAUAGUCAAGGAAACAAUGUUAAACUUAAGAAACAUGAAAACGCCAUGUGUUUCGGCCUUCACUCCCCUCCCAGCCUUUUUCACUUUAUUUGCUUAAAAACCAGUUUUCAGGAUUUGCUUUCAGGUGAAGUUUGCGCAGCACUGUAGUUUGGGGCCCUGAGUUCCCAAGCACCUGUCCUUUCAGUCAGAGGUAGUUUCCUCCCCCCGCCCCUUUGAAACUAUAAUUAUUAAAAGGCUAUUCAUUCAUUGUCAAAAUUUCCUCCCCUGUUUUAAGAUGAUUCCCACAAUGGAUGUGUCCUUUUUUACUAAGAGGGCUUUGCACCUUUUGGCAUGGAUAUAGUUGUACGAGAUUGAUGCAUCUUUCUGAAGUUCUGUUGAUCUGGCACAAUUAAAGAGCAUAAUGCUCUUCAGUGUUUUUCAAAAAAAUCUAUUCUGAAAGUUUGCCCUCUUGGUAACUGCCCAGAUUGGAGAAAUCUGAAUUUUGAUCGGGACAAAAGUAAAGUUCUGUACUUAGGCAGGAAUAAUCAGAUGCACAAAUACAGGAUGGGUUGACUGCACUACAUGUGAAAAGGAUCUAGGGGUCAUAGUAGACCACAAACUUAACAUGAGUCAACAGUGUGAUGCAGCAGCAAAAGAAGCUAAUGCUAUUCUAGGCUACGUCAACAGGAAUAUAGUGUCCAGAUCAAACAAUAAAAAGGUAAAGGGACCCCUGACCAUUAGGUCCAGUCGUGACUGACUCUGGGGUUGCGGCGCUCAUCUCGCUUUAUUGGCCGAGGGAGCCGGCGUACAGCUUCCGGGUCAUGUGGCCAGCAUGACUAAGCCGCUUCUGGUGAACCAGAGCAGCGCACGGAAACGCCGUUACCUUCCCGCCGGAGCGGUACCUAUUUAUCUACUUGCACUUUGACGUGCUUUCGAACUGCUAGGUUGGCAGGAGCAGGGACCGAGCAACGGGAGUUCACCCCGUCACGGGGAUUCGAACCGCCGACUUCUGAUCGGCAAGUCCUAGGCUCUGUGGUUUAACCCACAGCGCCACCCGUGUCAGAUCAAAGAAUAGUCCCGCUCUAUUCUGCCUUGGUCAGACCACAUCUGGAAUACUGUGUCCCGUUCUGAUGCCAGCAUUUAAGAAGGAUAUUGGCAAGCUGGAACAUGUGCAGAGGAAGGCAACCAAGAUUAUCAGGGUUCUGGAAACAUAGCCUUACGGAGGAACAGUUGAGGGAGUUGGAGAAGAGAAGAUCGAGAGAUGAAAUGACAAUCAUCUUCAAAUCAUCUGAAGGGCUGUCACCUGGAAGUCUGGAGCAAGCUUGUUUUCUCCUGCUCUGAAGGGUAGGACCCAAACCGUUCAAAUUACAAGGAAGGAGAUUCCGACUCAACAUUAGGAAGGACUUCCUGACGUUAAAAGCAAUUUGUCAGUGGAACAGGAUCCCUCAGAAGGUGGCAGACUCUUAUUCAUUGGAUGUUUUUAAGUAGAGGUUGGAUAGCCAUUUUUCCCCCGGGGAUUCUUUAGUUGUGAUUCCUGCAUUGCAGGGGGUUGGACUAGAUGACCCUUGGGUCCCUUCCAAUUCUACGCUCCACUGAAGGGACAGCAUAUGCAUCCUUUAAAAAAACCACAACAAAAAACCAGAAAUCUAACCAAUGCCUAGCCCACGAGAAAGAAAGUAUUAAAGCCAUUAAAAGGAAACGAGCUAAUAAAAAGCGUGUUUGGAGGGGGAUCUCUAAGUGGUUAUGGCUUAAGUUUAGGGAAUCCUGCUUUCGGAGGAGGCUGGUGCAGAUAAUCCCUCCUUUCCAAAUUUAUGAAUCAUGUAGACGCACUGGCUGGAGCCGUGCAUGAUGGGAGGAGGAGGGGGGCUUGAGUUCGGGUCUUGGCACGAGGGGCCUCGUCCUAGCAAGAGAGCUGGACUCUUGCCAAAAAGGUGCAGUGGAGAAUAUGCGAACACCAAAAACACUAAAAAAGAAAGGGUGAUGUAAUUGACAAUUGCCUAAAUGUAACCGUGCAAGAAUUAAUGUAAGGUCCAUUUAUAUCGCAGACUCUACCCUGCGCAUUGCAAUGUUUUGCGGAAAAUAGAAAGCAAAGUUGCCAUUUUAACGUGUACUACCCAGUAUCUCAAAACGCAAACACUGGCCUCUGAUGAGAAACAGCCAAUGCUACCUGUAGCACAGCAGUGCUGACCCAUUCAAAUGCUGUGACUGCAUUCAGAAAUAAUGCUAAACCAGAGUUUAUUGUCAUGGGCAUAGCUGUCAACUUACAGAUUUGAAAAUAAGGGACCAGCAGCCUCGAAAAUAAGGGAUCAGCAGCCAAAAUAAGGGAUCAACAAUUACUUUGAUAAAAUACAUAUUUUGUUGCAUGCAAAUGGCUUUAGAUACCUAUUAGGUCCAUAAAUUACCAUAUAGCAUAUAUUCAACACAAAAAAACAGCAACAAUUUGUUGUUGACAAAGGACAGCUGGACAUAGAAAGGACCCCAUUACCUUCAGUAGCUUAUUUAAGGGACAUCAUCAAUAACGGACAGCAGCAGGAAAUGGCGCUGGGAUAAGGGACUGUCCCGCUAAAUAAGGGACGCUUGACAGCUAUGGUCAUGGGGAUGAGCUGCCAAGAGUCUUUGCUCUCCCUCCUCUCCUUCCUUCACUCCUGGGGAGAGGAAAUUAGAAGCUUCCAACUGAGAUCAGUUUGCUGUUUGAGUGCAAACCACAGUUUGCUGGGUUCAGGCACAAUGGCGAGCUCUGACUAGCGGUCAAAUGCAACUACAGUCGUACCUUGGUUCUCAAAUGCCUUGUGACUUGAAUGUUUUGACUCCCGAACGUCGCAAAGCCGGAAGUGAAUGUUCCGGUUUGCGAACGUUCUUCGGAACCUGAGUGUCCGACGCGGGUUCCGAUUGGCUGCAAGAAGUUCCUGCAGCCAAUCGGAAGCUGUGCCUUGGUUUUCGAAUGUUUUCGGAAGUCAAACGGACUUCCGGAAUGGAUUCCAUUUGAGAACCAAGGUAUGACCGUAAAAGCUCCUGAUUUCCCCUUACAGAUGAAGGAAGGCGAGGAAGCAGUGCAUAGGCCCUGGGCUUAUGACUGCCCUCUGCGCAUAAUGUUGACAUAUGAUUUAAUUUUGCAUUUGAAAGCAGCCAGUAUGUAUCUGGCAAUAACAUCAAGAAUUUGUAUGGGUCAGCACAAUGCAGUAACUCCCCCUCCUGAAGUAUGUGUUUGAAAUAUUGAGGAUUCGUAUUCUAUGUAAACGUCUGCAAUUUUAAAAUAUUCUCUUUAUUAGAUGCCCGAAUCCUGUGCUGGCAUUUGCAAGGGAGAAGCGGAGUAUAUGGGUGCUUAACCCUUUCUCUACCCUUCCAACCGUGCCUUGGUUUCUGAACGUUUUCCCCCAAACAGCUGAAGGUGGUGUACAAGAGUCUUCGACUCCUCACAACAGUCUUAUGAGUUAGGUUCGGCUGAGAGAUGGGGACUAGUGCCACCCAGUGAGCUUCAUGGCUGGGUGGGAGAUUUGAACCCAGGCCCUAACCCAUGGGUAGGCAAACUAAGGCCUGGGGGCCAGAUUUGGCCCAAUCACCUUCUAAAUCCGGCCCGUGGACGGUCCGGGAAUCAGUGUGUUUUUACAUGAGCAGAAUGUGCCCUUUUAUUUAAAAUGCAUCUCUGGGUUAUUUGUGGGGCAUAGGAAUUCGUUCAUUUUUUCCCCUUUUCAGACUAUAGUCCAGCCCCUCACAAGGUCCGAGGGACAGUGGACCGGCCUUCUGCUGAAAAAGUUUGCUGACCCCUGCUCUAACCACUACCCUACAGUGGCUGUUGCAGGGCUUAGGGAAGGCCACCAGACAGGACGGCAGUUGCCAUUUGCUUUGUAAAAGGCAGAGUUGCGAGGGUCGGAUUUUAGCAUUGAAAGGGAUGAACGGGUAAAGGGGGAGCUAAACUUUCCUCCCGCAGCCUUAAUUUCCCUUUUCAGCUCACUUCCAGUACGAGAGGUAGACUGGCAAAAAAGCAGGAGGGGAAAGAGUUCAGGCAGAGGAUUUUGGUGAGGUAAAGCGAGGGAGGGAAGGGUUUAGUUCCCCUCGCUUGCGUGCCCUUAUAGAUGCUAAAAUUAGACCCACCCACCUGCUUUGAAAACAUGAGCAGGGCUGUCAAGUGAGCAAGCAAAUACGGUUCCCGCCAUUGUGUCUAGCUGAGCCCUGAGAUAUGUGAAGUGCUUUGAGCAAUCCUAAAUAAUUGUACAGUGGUACCUCGGGUUAAGUACUUAAUUCGUUCCAGAGGUCUGUUCUUAACCUGAAACUGUUCUUAACCUGAAGCACCACUUUAGCUAAUGGGGCCUCCUGCCACCGCCACGCAAUUUCUGUUCUCAUCCUGAAGCAAAGUUCUUAACCCAAGGUACUAUUUCUGGGUUAGCGGAGUCUGUAACCUGAAGCGUCUGUAACCCGAGGUACCACUGUACUAUUAUUCCCCACUCGCUGUUAACAUUCAGCUGCAAAAUGUGGGUAUUUUGUGCAGGGCUAGUGGGGGCUUUUGCUUUCUCUUGUUGCAUGACUUACGUUUCAAAUUCUCGACAGGGAUAUGUCAAGGCGAACAGGUGGAGAGAUCCAUGGGGGGAAGGAAUUGUUUCCUGUGGGCUUUAUCUCUCAAGCUUUAUUGAUGGCGUGACUCCACAUCUAGGCCCCUAAUCCGACCCCUUCCCCUAUUUGAAGCUAGACAGCGUCACAGUGUGAAAUUCUGGGCAGUCCAGAAAGGGAGUUACUAAUAAACAGGAUGCUGGGGCUACCUUCGCUAUAGGGCAGCAAAGGCCACCCUAUAAUUAGAAGGGAGCAUUGCUUGGCGGUGACGCAGAAGUCACGUAAUCCCACAUGGAGCCCCUUAUUCCGAAUUGCUUUUCUUUUCUAAAACUGAUCUCCAGGGAACAGCAGUGGUGUUAGUCGUACCCAAGAGUAGACCCAUUGAAAGUAAUGAACACAACUAACGUAGGCCCAUUAAUUGCACUGGGUCUAACCAGGGUGGAUUUGAUUUAAAUCAAAUCAAUUUAAAUCACGAUUUAAAUCACGAUUUAAUUCACUAGUCGGUAAGACUUGAUUUAAAUUUUUUUUUUUUAUUUAACAGAAAGACUCAUUCUUGCUGGUACAGUGGUACCUCUGGUUACAGACGCUUCAGGUUACAGACUCUGCUAACCCAGAAAUAGUACCUCGGGUUAAGAACUUUGUUUCAGGAUGAGAAUAGAAAUUGCGCGGCGGCAGCAGGAGGCCCCAUUAGCUAAAGUGGUGCUUCAGGUUAAGAACAGUUUCAGGUUAAGAACGGACCUCCGGAACGAAUUAAGUUCUUAACCAGAGGUACCACUGUAUAAUCUUAAUAUUUACAACCAGAUGAAGGUUUCAUUUUUGGAAUAAUAAAUUUUCAGAGUAGUUUUUACAGUUAUAUCAAAAAUUACUGAUUUGGUUAUACUAUUGGAAAUACAUAGACAGAUAAUUAUGAAAUUAUUGUGAGGUUUAAUAAGUUAACUGUUUAUAUUUGGACAACUUUUCUGCUGUACUUUAUUGGAAGGAGAAAAAUAAUCAUUUCCUUAAUAACAAUUUAUUUAACUAAAGCAAUAACAUUAUAGCAUAUGUAUCCAUGUUUGUUAACUGAUGUGGUUAAACUUAAAAAAACAAAAACAAAACUUAGACUGAGUUUUAACACACAUGAAAAACUUAAAACAAAUCCUUAUAGGAUUUCCCGAUGAAUAGCCUUUGGACUAUAAUGUAACUUAAACAGAAAACUAUCUUUAGAAGAUUUUUUCCUCCAGAAGCAUUUUCUUUUAAAAAUCAAAUUUAAAUAAAAAUAAUCUAAUUUAAAUGGGAUGCGGGUGGCGCUGUGGUCUAAACCACUGAGCCUAGGGCUUGCCGAUCGGAAGGUCGGUGGUUUGAAUCCCUGCGAUAGGGUGAGCUCCUAUUGCUCUGUCCCAGCUCCUGCCAACCUAGCAGUUUGAAAGCACGCCAGUGCAAGUAGAUAAAUAGGUACUACUCCAGCAGGAAGGUAAACGGCAUUUCCGCGCACUGCUAUGGUUCUCCAGAAGCGGCUUAGUCAUGCUGGCCACAUGACCUGGAAAAACUGUCUGCGGACAAACGUCGGCUCCCUCGGCCAGUAAAGCGAGAAGAGCGCCGCAACCCCAGAGUUGUCCGUGACUGGACUUAACAGUCAGCGGUCCCUUUACCUUUUAAAUCCAAUUUAAAUCCAAAUAAUCCAAUUUAAAUUUAAAAAAUCUGAUUUUUUAGAUUUUUUUUUUAAAAAAUCAUUGAUUUUUACCCACCCUGCGUCUAACCAGUCAUGUCCCGUUUUUUGGUCUGGCACUUUGGCGCGAUUCAGCUGGCCGGAGCGCCAGAACAAAAGGCCCUCAGGUUUUUUGGGGGGUUUCGUGCUCUUGCCCGAGGCGUCCCGAUUUUGAUCCGCGGGAUAUUGGAGGGUGUGUUGCUCUGAAUGGAACUUUGUUGGACGCAGCACUCUCUGUUGCUGUUUACACGAGACGGAAACGAUGCUACCAAUGUCACGUUUCAAGAACACAAAAUUAUUUAUGGAUGUGUCGCUCCAGAAACUGAGGCCGCAUUCACACCAAUGCAUUUAAAGCACUUGAAAGAGUCAUGACAUUCCCCCCUAAGAAUUCUGGGAUCUGUAGUUUGCUAAGAGACUUGUUAUGAGGCCCAGAGUUCCCUGUGAAAAGGGACUGGUUGUUCAGCCAUUCUGAUAACCAAAGCAGGACGGCAGUCUCCUAACAACUCUCAGCACCCUUACCAAAACAGAAAGAACCUUAAUUUUCCCUGUUUUCUUAAUUUGGAGUCCCCAAAAACGGAGUCUUAUACACGGGGGCGUCUUUAUGCAGCACGUAGUUGAGCUAUGGAACUCGCUGCUACAGGAUGCGGUGAGAGCCGCCAACCUAGGUGAAUUAAAAAGUGGAUUAUGGGAAGUCUUAAUAAAAUCUUAUUUAAAGAGGAUUAGACAAAUUCAUGGAGGACUGUCAAUGGCUACCAGCCAUGAUGGCUGCGCUCUGCGCCCACAGUUGGAGGCAGUGAUGCUUCUGAAUACAAGUUGCUGGAAACCACAGGAGGGGAGAAUGGUCUUGUGUUCGAAUCCUACUUGCUGGUUUCCCACAGGCAUCUGGUUGGCCAGUGUGAGAACAGAAUGCUGGACAAGAUGAGUCCCUCGCGUGAUCCUGCAGGGCUCUUAGGUUCUCAUCAGCCUCAUCAUCAUUUUGUUUGUAUGCCGCCUUUCCAUAUUUAAAACAUGACAAGAUACCUCUGGUUACGAACUUAAUUCGUUCCGGAGGUCCGUUCUUAACCUGAAACUGUUCUUAACCUGAGGUACCACUUUAGCUAAUGGGGCCUCCCGCUGCCGCUGCGCAUUUUCCGUUCUCAUCCUGAGGUAAAGUUCUUAACCCGAGGUACUACUUCUGUGUUAGCGGAGUCUGUAACCUGAAGUGUUUGUAACCCAAGGUGUUUGCAACCCAAGUUACCACUGUACAUAAUUACAAACAUAACAGAAGUUGUAAACAAUAAAUAAAACACAUCAAAAAGCACACAACCAAAUGGAAACAAUUUCCAUGUACACCAUAAGAGCUAAAACUAAAAAUACAACAAUAAUAUCAGUAACAGCAACAACCUCUCCCCAAAACAAUACUCCAGCCCAAGAAUCUGUUCAACACCCUCAGCUUUUGUAGCGGGAGUCAGUCAGCACUCCACUCUCCCAGGCCAGAUGGGAAAAGGCCAGCAAGGCAGAGUGCAGGUCUUCCAGGGCUCACAGCCGAGAUGGUCUCAUUUAAAACAACACAGAGGAAAAUUUAAAAACAAUUUAAAUGCAGCUGCAAGCCAGGCGGAAAGAGGCAAGGUCCUUCAGACCCUCAGCAAGCAAUCCUCCCUGAUUGAGAGCCAGUGUGGUGUAGUGGUUAAGAGCGAUAGACUCGUAGUCUGGGGAACCGGGUUCGCUUCCCCGCUCCUCCACGUGCAGCUGCUGGGUGACCUUGGGCCAGUCACACUUCUCUGAAGUCUCUCAGCCUCACUCACCUCACAGAGUGUUUGUAGUGGGGGAGGAAGGGAAAGGAGAAUGUUAGCCGCUUUGAGACUCCCUAGGGUACUGAUAAAGCGGUAUAUCAAAUCCAAACUCCUCUUCUUCUUCUUCUUCUUCUUCUUCUUCUUCUUCUUCUUCUUCUUCUGUGCAUGAUGUGCUACUGUUACUAACCGCCAUUGAAAAGGCAUAGGAUCUCGAAUGGAAACUGACCACAGGGGAACAAUCUGAUACAGAGUUAGAUUAUUGGCCCAUUCAACCCAGUAUUCUAGAUUUGAGCUCCUCCUUUUUAUUGUGAUUUGUGCACUCGAUGCUGUCAGGGUGGUUAUACAUGACCCCUCGUCCAGUAUUAUUUGCGCCUGCAAACGUUUUAUUUAUUUCUUUUUAAAAAAUUUACACACCACUAAUUCACAAACAAACUGUCAAAGCGGUUCAUGACAACUGUACACGAAACCGUACAAUACAAAACCAGUAAGUUAACUUAUCAGUAAGUUAAAAUCAGAGAAAUGACAUAGCUACGGUGGAUGUGUUCUUAAUUGCCUGUAUAAGACCGAUAGAAAAGUUUUCAGCAGGUGUUAAAAGUUGGGGUGGUCUCAUGGCUUCAUUUCCAGUCAGUGCAUGUCCUGUAGCUUCCUGCUGAAAUCCUGCCACUAUUCAUACCGCAAAUGCUGUGGGUUUUUAUUUUAGUUGUCCUGCUUUUAUUGUGAUUUGGCUUCUCCAGACAGCAAUAGUAUGAUAGCAUUGGGCAACUAAGAUAAAGAUAAAAAAAGGACCCCAGGCCGGUUAAGUCCAAUCAAAGGCAACUAUGGGGUUGCGGUGCUCAUCUCGCUUUCAGGCCGAGGGAACUGGCAUUUGUCCACAGACAGCUUUCCGGGUCAUGUGGCACACAUGACUAAACCGCUUCUAGCACAACGAGAGACCGUGACGGAAGCCAGAGCGCACGGAAAUGCCAUUUAGCUUCCUGCCGCCGCAGUACCUAUUUAUCUACUUGCACUGGCGUGCUUUCAAACUGCUAGGUUGGCAGGAGCUGGGACAGCAAUGGGAGCUCACCCCUUCACGGGGAUUCAAACCGCCGACCUUCCGAUCGGCAAGCCCAAGAGGCUCAGCGGUUUAGCCAACAUCACCACCCGCGUCCCUGCUAAUAAAGCAGAAAGAGCCACCAAUACAUUUUAACGUCAAGAACAUUUCAAACAGCAAAUGGGACUUACUGCACUGCAGUAUAAUUUGUACUGCUCAAGUGUAGCUGGCUCAGACCCCAUAUAUUGGAAUGAAAUGGAUUGCUUCUCCUCUGGGUUUUACAAUUUGCGCCGUGAGCCAAGUUCUUAGGAGCAUUUAUCAAACCAAAUGAAGAGAAGAUGAAAGAAUUGGAUGGAAAGGGCGAUCUAAUUAAACAGAUGAUACAUAUGAGCAUCUAAAUGCUGAUUGGCGGAUGCUUUCAUGAGGCUGGAUCAUGAGAUAUCAUGUCAUAAUUUCCAAUUCACUUCCAGCUCAGUUUUUUUUUUAAGUAUUCACUGGCUGAAUCCUGGUUGACCUUGCUGCACUGCAAGGAACAGAAGGAGACUACCAAAAAGUGUCCUGGGACAGGCAUUGGGGGGGGGGUUAGUAUUGAAGAGCACCUCCAGAUUUAUUCUGAUUUGCUUGCAGGGAGGUUAGAUGACAUUGCAUCAAAGCAGGUGUUAUCUCACACUUCCCCCCGCCACUUUCCUUAUUGCAAAAAGUCCGUUCUUUGGGGCAAGCGGGUUUGUUAUGUGAGGCCUCCCAAUCAAUUAUAAUUUUGCAACCUGAAUUUGCCAGGAUGUGGCUGAAUCUCACUGGAAGAUAGUGACAGUCUUGAAGUACCAUAUAGCAGUUAAGAUUGACAACUUUCGUACAGGCCCGUCUCCUGUGACUUGAACACUAACCUGUAUAUUAUUCUUAUUUAUCAUUAUUAUCAGUUUCACAAUAGAAUUAUGGGGGAGGGAGGGGGUUCUCCAAGCAUCUAUAUUGGAACUAAUGCUUUUUCACAUGUUUAUAAAUGGUGAAAUUAGGGAUAACAGACAUGGUAUCCUCUGCUGGUGUGGACCACAACUCUCAUAAUCUCUGAACAUUAGCUAUGUUGUCUGGGGCUGAUGGCUGGAGUCUGGAAACAUCUGCAGAGCAUCACAUUUGUUACCUGCGAGCCAUAACCUGGCUGCAUUUGCUGAUGAUAUCAAAGCUAGCAAAUUUUGAAAUUUGAAAGGAACAGCUUUCCCCGCCUUCAAAUAAAUGGGUGAAUUAAAAAUUGAAAUGUAGGUGAAUUGUCGUGAGUCCUGGGUGCUUCAAGUUUCUGGGUGCAAAUCUGUGGUUUUAGGAACGGAAAUCUGAGCUGUUCACAAUACCUGACUUUGUGUUUCAUGGUAAAUGCGAAAUCCCACAAUGGAAUCUGAACUUUGCAGCUGGGAAUUGCACGUGACUUGACAUUCCAGCAGUUGCGAGCUUCUGAAAUGUGUGGCUUGCAUCUGUCCUUCUGAAUGCACCCCUUCCUGAUUCAUUUUUGCUAGAAAAUGAUCUGACCUUUUUGCUAUAAGAGGUAUUUUCAUAGCCUUGCUUAAUUCUUUCAUCCAUCCUUGUUUUCCUUCUGGGGAAUGUUGUUUGCUUAUGCAGUUAAGCCUGUUGCUAGAGAUUGGCUUCUCUCUGUAUGUGUGAAAGCUGAAGGGCAAAAGUCUAGAAAGGGAGUGGUGAGUUAUGUUAAGUGGAGGUUUUUGUGUGUGAAUAUUGGAGAGGAGACAAGCAUUUUCAUUCUCUCAGCAAGUUCAGCAUAUCUAAGAACUUGGCAAAAAAAUAUAUGUAAAGAGUUUGGUUUGGAGGAGUGCGAAACUGCCUUCUUUCUUGGACCAGCAGUCUCUAGAAUGGACAUACAGUGGUACCUUGGUUCUCAAACGCCUUGGUUCUCAAACAACGUGGAACCCAAACACUGAAAACUCGGAAGUACGUGUUCUGGUUUGCGAACUUUUUUCAGAAGCCGAAUGUGCUCCGUUUUGAGUGUUACGCUGAGGUCUGUCUGAUUUUGCUGUUUAUUUUGCGUUUUUGCUUUUGUGGCUCUUUGUUUUGUUUUUUUGGCUGUGUGAACCCAGUUCAGCUACCGACUGAUUGAUUGUGUGACUGCAGUACAUUGUUUAUUGCUUUCAUUUAUGGAUCAAUGGUAUCGUUAGAUAGUAAAAUUCAUGUUAAAUUGCUGUUUUAGGGGUUGUUUUUAAAAGUCUGGAACGGAUUAAUCCGUUUUGCAUUACUUUCUAUGGAAAAGCGCGCCCUGGUUUUGUAACGCUUUGGUUUUGGAACCGACUUCCGGAACAGAUUUAGUUUGAGAACCAAGGUACCACUGUCAUCAGUCCAGACUGAAAAACAUGGUAGGGAAAGCUGAUUGUCCCCCAGCCGACCACUCCAUUGUUCAAAAUGAAAGGAUCCCCCCCCCCAUACUUUUUAAUAGCCUGGCCGUGGAUGUGGAACAAUAAGGGCUUGCUGAAUGGACCAUUCAGCUGGUCUGCAUUUAAAACUUCCUUGGAAUGCAAGUCACAUUCUGCCCAAGCUGGGGUCCGGAGACAGUUUUGCUCACUCUCACCCUUAGCACGUGUGACUCUGAGACGAUUUGGAAAGUUGGUGCUCUGGAGGAAGGAGGAGGAGGAGGAGGAGGAGGGAUGGGUGGUUCUGUCAAUUUUGGUUCUUCUCAGCUUCUCGUUUUUCCAGUGUUUAGCUUACCGCACUUCCACAUCGGUUUGCAAUAUGUUUUUUUAAGGCCUUGUGAAAAUUCCACACCGGUUUGCGGAAUUCUUUCUUUAAAGGCCUUCUGAAAACGAGUGAACAAACAAAUAAAUAGUACAGUAGAAAUAAAUAGUACAGUGUAUGCAUUUUUCUACAUGUUAAUGCAGCUGGAGACUGUACUUGGUGGGGCAGUGCAGCCAGAUGGGUGGGGUGUAAAUAAAAGAAUAAUAAUAAUUCCGGGUAAUUCAGGGAAGUGCCAGUUUUAAAGUACAGUGGUACCUCGGGUUACAAACCCCUCAGGUUACAAACUCUUCGGGUUACAGACUCCACUAACCCGGCAGUAGUGCCUCGGGUUAAGAACUUUACCUCAGGAUGAGAACAGAAAUUGUGUGGCGGCACCGGGAGGCCCCAUUAGCUAAAGUAGUACCUCAGGUUAAGAACGGUUUCAGGUUAAGAACAGACCUCUGGAACGAAUUAAGUUCAUAACCAGAGGUACCUUUGUGUUUGGUCUACGAACGCCUAGGGACGUGCAAGCUGAAUCAAAUCUCUCCCCCAUCCCUAAGAAAGAGACAGGCAGCCUUUUUGAGGUGGGUGGGGGAGCAUGGAAGGCGGAAGAGUGGGACAUAAAUUUAAUAAAUAAAACCAGAGGUUAAAGGAUCUCGGCCUCUGUCGCAGCCUUCGAUCGUUUCCCUUGAGCAGGGACCCACGAUGACGUCCAGCCCUAUAGCCUGUUUAAUAUAAUGGUUAAUUCUCUGCUGGCAGGGAGUCAGGACUGUAGGGCAUCCACAGAGCUUUGCAGCUUUCCACAGCAGGCCAGUUAAGCUGGGCUGGCACUGGGAUCCCAGCUGCCGGGCAUUCUUGCCUACAUAGCUGGGAUUCCUUGCCUUCCUUACCCCUUCAGCGCAUUUUGCGGUUUUUUCUUUCUUUCUUUCUCCAGGAGGCCCUGGGAGAUAUCUGGGUUGCAGGGGGUUAAAAACCAGCUGGGCGACAUGAGGACACCCUCAGCUGCUGACAGGAGCUGGGGGUGGAGUGGGGGGGGGCAAGAGACAGCAGCAGCACCCCAAUUUGUUAUCUGACGGACGUCCCUGCAGGGGUUACCCUUUAAUCCCUCUGAGGCUUAAUAUGAGCCAGAGUUUAGCCCCAUAACAUGUUUUUAAUGUUUAGAGUUCAGCCCAAGGCCACCAUUUCAGGUUUAAGUACAUUUCAGUGGCGGGUUGGUGGGAGACUCAUAGCAAAAGUUCAGUGGCCUGCUCUUGGGUAUAUACCGUAUUUUGCGCUCCAUAAGACGCACUUUUUCCCUCUUAAAAACUAAGCGGAAAAGCCUGUGCGUCCUAUGGAGCGAAUGCAGGGGGGAGGCAGGCAGGAAAAGCCCCCAAGAGCUGCACACAAGCUUCGCACGGCUCUUGCGGGCUUUUCCCCAGGAGGGAGAAGGGACCGCCGCUCCCUGACCUGUUCUGGGGGCUGGGGUCGGGGGAAGCUUGUGCCCUGCGGCUAAAAAGGAGAAGCCUGAAACCUGAAGCCCCUGCAGCACAGCGCGAACUGCCGCUGCGCUCAAGGGGCUUCAGGCAGCUAUCCGCAAGCCUUUGGAGCGCAGCGAGAGUUCGCGCUGCGCUCAGAAGGCUUGCGGAUAGCCGCCUGAAGCCUGGAGAGCGGGAGGGGUUGGUGCACACCGAUCCCUCUUGCUCUCCAGGCUUCGCUUCGCUGGAGAGGCGCUGCACAGUUUUCCCUCUCUGCGCAGCGCCCCUUCAGUGAACGGGAGGAGAAAUGGAAGGGGCUCCGUUUCUCCUGCCGCUUCGCUGAAGGGGUGCUGAGCAGAGAGGGGGAGAAUCCCCCCCCCCGUUCUCCCCCUCCUAUGGUCCGGUGCGUCCUAUAGAGCAAAAAAUAUGGUAUUUGUGGUUUCUCUGCACGGUUCAAUUUCCCCCUCCUUAUCAGUAAUAAUGAUUAUGAUAUAAUAGAAUCAUCAUCAACAACAACAACAACAGUGUUCUACCUCUUCUCCAACCUGCUCUUGGACAUAUUCACAGCUUUUACACUGUUUUAAAAACAUUAUUAAUAUUACUACCUCAGAACCUUCUGGAACCUCAGAAGCCGAACACCUUUGAACUUGGACGUUUCAGUUCCUGAGCGAUUGAAACCCGAAAGUGAUUGUUCCGGUUUCCAAACAAUUUUCGGAAGCUGAACAUCUGGCGCGGCUGCUCCUGCAGCCAAUCAUAAGCUGCGCCUUGGUUUUUGAACUGUUCCGGGAGUCAAAUAGACUCCUGGAACGGAUUAAAUUCGAAAACCAAGGUACGACUGUAUUAUUCAUAUUUCUUUCCUACCUUUCAUUUAGGAUACGUAUAAGUCCAGAUUUUCUCUCCCUCACCCUUGCAAUUUAUCCUCACAACAACCCUGUGAGGUAGAUUAGGUUGGGCACAGUGAUAGUUUCUAGCCCAAACUUCAACCAGUGAGCUUCAGAGCUGACACAGGAUUUUUAAAGGUCUUUGUUGGGGUUGCUGACUUACAGCUUUCAGUGUUAUAGGUUCUCCAGAGAAGAAUCACAUUAAGGACAGUGUUCUGCCUCCUGCUUCCUCUGAAAUCUGGAGUGGAGAACCUGUGGCUCCCAGAUGUUUGCUUCCAGCUCCCAUCAGCUCCAGCCAACAUAGUAAAGGACGAUGGAAGCUGAAGUCCAGCAAUACACCCCUGCUUUAAACAGACCCAAACAACACUAAAGGAAAGCAUUUUUUGUACAUGGGAUGAGCGCAUCUCCCUCACUACUUGAUACCAUUGCAUACCCGGGAUUAUUUGUUAUUUGUUUGCAUGCUUAUUAGGGUCGUCAUAUGCCCAGAAUUUCCUGGACAUAGUCUGAGUAUGGCAGUCGGAAGCAGUGUCCAGGCAGAAAUUGCUGAAAUGUCUGGGGGAAAUCCGGACAUAUGGCAGCCCAUGUCAGAAGUCUAGAUUUUGCCGAGGUUCCUUGAAAAUUGCUCAAAAACUUUAUUAUUAUUAUUAUUAUUAUUAUUAUUAGAGAUUUUGCAAAAUAAAAAUAAAAAUGAGAAGCUUAACAACUUUGGCCAGAAAGAAAAAAACCUCAACAACUUUUGUGUCCGGAUUUUCACUUUUUGAAAUAUGGGAACACUAAUGUUUAUAAACCACAUUUCCAUAUAAAAUGUUGCAAGGCGGCAUCCGAACGAAAAACACACAGGGCUGCAUUAAAAACAACAAGAAUGGCAGAUGUCAGUUUAACCCGAGGGAAACAGAACGUGUGGGUGGCUUCUUGGCUGGGUGGCACCCCAAAUUUCCCAUAGCCCCUCAACCCCCUCCUGAUCCAUACCAUGGGAGACAUCCCAUAGAAUUGUAGAGCUGGAAGGAUCCCUGAAGCUCAUCUGGUCCAACCAGUUCAAACUAUUUGCCUUACUAACCCAGAUUUGUCUAUAUUGACUGGUAUUUGCUCUCCAGGGUUUGGGGCAGGAUCUUUCCCCCCCAGGUCUGAGACCUUCUGCAUGCAAAUAUCUGCCCUACUGUGUACUAUAAUAGGUCCAUCUUUUAGAGGGGGCAUUCGUCAUUGAAGGUCUGAAAAUUUCCCGGCCCUGGAGUGUGGCAGUUUCUCUGACUCUUCUACUAGAUAUGGGAUUCUGCCGCCUCCUCCAUCCGAAGGGGGGUGUCCCUGAUCAAUGCCUUGAUUCAUCCCCCUUUUUCCUUUCGCUUUGGCACCCCCUUGCCCUACGGCCUGUCAGCUGCUGUUUACUAGCCUUAGAUCAAGGCAGCUGUUGGGACAUUCCAGCAAAGGAUUGUGGGAGCAGCUGGCCUACAGCCCUUUCACCCCCACCCACCCCCACUUCACCCACCACCCCCAACCUACUGGUCAAGAAACAGCAGGAGGGGAGUGUGGCCAGGGUUCCUAGGAAACAGAUUUGGAUUUCUGCGACUGUUUCUUAGGGAAGCUGCACCGAGUUAGUGGAGUGUUUAUUUGGAACAUUUCCCCCUCACAAUAUGAGAACGUCUUAUGAAGGAACGUUCUUUGAAAUGCCCUGUGUCUUGUAGAGUAUGCAUACUCUUGAUUAUUAAGCAAUUUGAGUCACUCAUUAACUGGAAAUGUUUUGGCCUCUGCCUUUGAGCCAGUUGCCCACACAUUUUGGAGAGAAUGCGUUUCCAGAAACAGAGGUACUGAUGGUGCUUCAGGAUGGUUUGUUUAUUGAGCAUUCUUCCUGAUUCAUUUGCAGGAAGAGAUUAGACAACUGUUCGCUAUUUAACGAACAUUCGUUCUGAUUUAUUUAUUUUUUUGUGGGGUGCUUAGAUGAUGUUGCAUCAGAGCAAGUGUCAAUGGGCCGUGUGUCUCGCUGCCUUUCCCCUUCCCCUUAUUGCGAAAAGUCUGUAUUUUGGGUGGGUGGGUUUAUUGCUUGAGAGCUCCCAGUCAGCCAUAAUUGCACAACCGGAAUCUGCUAAGUCUGUAAUUCGAAACAAUGACAGCCUCAGGCCUGAAUGGAUGCCACAGCGCUGAGGACUUAAAAUUGAGGGGGUGAUUACUUUAAAAAAUAAUGACCAGGGGUGGUAAAAUGUGUGUGUGUGUGUGUGUGUGUUAAUUCUUUGCCUCAAACCUUUUGCAAUCUGGAUCCUUCUCCCUCCAGAGGUGAUUCUUUUCCUGAGAAAGAAGGUUCCCAUUUUGUGGGAAUUACCUGGCCUGCACCCAAAUGCAUGACUAGGCUAGUCAGAUGAAAAUGUCAUACAAAUUGUGUAGAAAUAUUGGUUCUGAAGCAAGUGUUUCGAACUGCCCUCUGGGGGCUGAGGUGCACAGAGCCCAGAAAUGCCUACUCAGAUAUAUUUGAAUUUUGAUUCAGAUAGAUAGAUAGAUAGAUAGAUAGAUAGAUAGAUUAUAGAGUGCAGUGAUGGCGUGGGGAGGUGUAGAAACAGACCCCAAGAAGUACAAGAAAUAUUUAGGGAGAAAGAAGCUACCUCAGGAUGGGACCCUCAGACCAUUGAAGACUGAGCAUGCUAAGUGUCCUCAGAAAGUCAUUGAUAAGAAGAAGAAAAAGACAGAUAACCCAGUGGAAUGGGAAUGGAAUGAAGUAUCCUGGAAUGGGGCCUGGCUGACUGGCUGGUACCCUGAACUGGAGUUCCCUGCUUUGCCUCAUUUUGUUUUGCUUGUCAUCACUCUCACGUUGAAACGGCUUGAUCAGGGCCUCUGGCAAAGGUCCAGUUGUAUUACUCUAAGAACCUUUAAACUGCUCAUGACGUAAAUCAAUAGGGUUGGGGUGCCCAGCAGUUGAUGAAUCAAAUGUUGUCAAUUGACUGUCCUUUAAUGACCACGGUCAACUAUUAUCAAAUAAUCUGAGGCUGCUGUCAGGUAGAUACUGGUUCAGUGUUUUCAUUUCAUUGCUUAAUUGCAUCUGACAGCACAUGGGGGGGCUCUUUCCUCUCCAGUUUUCUGCAGGUUCCUCUUGCUCUGCACUAUUAGCACAAAACUAGAUAUUACUAGCAAAAAGGUGUGUUUCUGAAUCCCAAUGACAGCUUCGUUUAUGGGAAAAUAGCUUUGUUGCUGGCUGAGGGUGGGGGAAGGACCUGUUUAGAGCAGAGAUGAGGAUGGGGAGUGGGGAGGCAGAGGGGUUUGUGGUCUGGAGAAGGGAGUGUUGGCUGGGGAGAGGCCUGAGGGCCAUUUCCUUCUUCCUGCGCAUGGUCUGAAAAAGACACAUUGUGUGGAAGCCUUGCUGAAGCUAAGUACAGGUCUGGGCCUAGCCAGUACCUGGGUGAAUAUCCACCUGGGAGCCCAAGGCUGACUUGGGAAAUGGGAGAAAGGCAGUAUAUAAAUGCAGUUAAAGAAAAAGAAAAAACCCAGUUGCCUCACGAAACACUUCCUCUCAUCUUGGGUUCCAGGUAUAUACUUACCCUUGCAAAUACAGAGUGGGGAAAAUGGCAGGUGGAGACAGAGCUAAGUGCUGCCUUCUCCCCAGAAUUGCUUUUCAUAAUCAAAGCAACAAUUGGGACUUAAAAUUAUUCAUUUGCUUGCAAUACCUGCUUUGGCCCUUUGCCAUUUUAUAGCCGCUAUUUUGCAUGUUUCAUUUCUGUAAUUAUACCUCCCAGGCUUCGGAUGGGGAGGGCGGAAUAUAAAUAACUUAUUAUUAUUAUUAUUAAAAACGUGUCUCCUUGGUCUGCCCUGGAAGCUCCAAGAUAAUAACCAAUAUCACUCUGACCUCAGCCAGUCCCCCACUUGCUUGCCUUUUUACUUACAACUCCUCCAGGGGGUGGCACUAGCUGCCAGCUUCCUCCUCUGUAGUCUCAGUGUUGCAUUUGUAGAACUCAGCAGGGACACACCUAGAAUUAGUUGGCUUCUGCCUGUCCUCUAGCCACUUUACCUGUCCCAAUGGGCACCAGCCAACCCUGCCUUAAACCAUGCUUCGUCAUUGGCUUAUGAAUUAUGGCUUGCUAGGUACAUUCAGCUAAGUUUUACACGGGUGGCUCUGUGGUCUAAACCGCUGAGCCUCUUGGGCUUGCCGAUCAGAAGGUCGGCGGUUUGAAUCCCACGAUGGGGUGAGCUCCUGUUGCUCUGUCCCAGCUUCUGCCAACCUAUGAGUUUGAAAGCACGCCAGUGCAAGUAGAUAAAUAGGUACCGCUGUGGCAGGGAGGUAAACAGCGUUUCUGUGCGCUCUGGUUUCUGUCACGGUAUCUCGUUGCACCAGUAGCAGUUUAGUCUUGCUGGCUACUUGACCCAGAAAGCUGUCUGUGGACAAAUGCCGGCUCCCUCGGCCUGAAAGCGAGAUGAGCACCUCAACCCCAUAGUCGCCUUUGAUUGGACUCCAGGGGUCCUUUACCUUUACUUAGAGCAGGCUCAUUGAAAUUAACGGUUAUAGCUAAGUUAGGUUCAUUCAUUUCAGUGGGUCUCCUCUAAGGGAAACUCAGUUGAGUGCCACCCGAUGAGUCUGGAUUUGGACAUCACACAAAGCCAAGCUUAAUUGUGGCUUCUCGUUUUGUUUCUCUUGCAGAGUGAAACAGGAGCGAUUGGGUAGCGUACUGCUCAUUCACAAUGAGCAAUGGCCAGUUCUAAUAAAUAGUGGCAUUGUUUGACCCCACUGGAACAUGUCUCCUCAAUAGCUGACCUAGUCACCAACUGAGUUACUUUUUUUUUUUUUUUAGUCUGGUCAAACACUCAUUCCUGUAAAUCAGCCUUGGGAUCUCCCAAAUGCACCGAGUUCGCUCAACCACAAAUUUGGCAUCUGGCCUUUCUGCCUGCGAUAAUCACGUGUUUUGCUGCUGUCAGUGUGUCAGCGCCAGUCCACUUCUGGCCUGAAUAGGGAAGCCAGGACAAUGGCAGGAUGCUGGUGACUCCUGAGCAUGGAAUGUGUGCUAUUCACUAGCACAGAGAAAGUGUCUGACCCCCGGAAGAGGAGGGUUUUCCAUUCAUGUUGAGUCACCUUGGUGUUGUACUCUGUGCGAGACCCGCAUGUGGUUAACUGCUGUUAUCUACUUUUUUUGCAAACAAGGCAUGA